UUGAAAAACCUUGGCAUUGUCAACUACGUUUUUAACACGUUCUGUUCCCAGUGAAGAAUUGAAGGCGCCAAGUUUUUCAGCAAAAUGGAUAUAAUUCAAGGCCAGAAACUAUUCAAGAAAGACAAGAGUGAAGUGGAUGCCGACGAGAUUCUUCAGGACAAGGAGAUUAUAGGGUUUUAUUUCAGUGCUCACUGGUGCCCUCCUUGUCGCGCGUUCACACCUAUAUUGACAGAGCUUUACGGUGAACUGAGGAAUGAAAAUGCUCCUUUUGAAGUCGUCUUUGUUUCAUCUGAUCAAAGCGAAGACGAUAUGUUCAGUUAUAUGGAGGAGAGCCACGGUGAUUGGCUUGCUGUUCAAUUUGAUGGUGAUGUUUCUACUAAGCUUUCCGAGAAGUUCGCCGUAGACGGAAUUCCAACUUUUAUCAUCUUGAAGAAAGAUGGCACUGUCAUAACGGAAAGCGGUGUUGAAGAGGUGACAGAAAAAGGAGCAGAAGCUUUUAAGGAGUGGUUAGGAUAAUGUACUAAGUAUUCAAAUUCUCAAUUUAAACAUUUUCUGACAAAAAUAUAUUAUUAUCGACCACUGCAAAACAGGAUUGUUAAAGCUGCGCGCACACACACACACAAUGCCUAAAUGUUUUACUGUGUAUAACUUGAAACGUGCAAAUGUAUACAAAUGAUAUAUUAUAUAGUAACUCCAUAUACUAAGGAUAAUACACUAAAGAGUGGCUUAUACUUAUAAUAUCAAAUAUUUGACCAUUUGCUAACUUUGAACGUUAACUAAUAAAUAAAUAAUGCAAACUGGAAUUUCUUUGGAAAACAUUAAGAUGCGUUGGUUAUUUCAUUUUUGACUUUAGUGAUUUAUGGUUAAAUAUAUGACAUUAUGAUCAAAUUACCUCACUGGACUGAAUUAUGAUUAAUAUUACCCAAUUUUACUAUUGAUGAAGUCAACUACCUUUAUCUGAAAUUAGUUAUUUUUAUGGAAUUUCAGCAGAAUUAAUAUCAAUUUCUUUAAGUUUUGAGUACCUUGUAAGUAAACUAAGACAUACAACUCUUAAUAAAGGAAAGGCAUAUUAAGUUAAUCAAGGGAAUAAACGCUGGUAAUGAUAAUUACAUAUAUAGGACGGCAGCUUCGUAAGACCUCUCAGUUAUAUACGAUUUUUUGUUAAUUUGCCAACGCUUCAUGAUGUUAAGAGUGGUUUCCACUAAUUUCCCUGAAGUUGUCGAACGUAGCCUUUUAUGUCAAGGGCUCCCAAACUGUGGCAGUAGGAGAGUGUCAGAUGUGGAAGGGGAGGGAGGGGGUAGGAAAUGUACAGAAGAAACAGUACUAUUAAUGUACUUAACCUCUACAGAUUCAAUGGGUGGAGCACAUCAGUGGAGAUGCAAAAUAUCCUGGGAGGUCUUAUGCCAAGAAAGUUUGGGAGCCCUUGCUCUAUGUUAGAAGCUUGAAUUCGAAACAUAGAUUUCUUCUUUGUAGCCUCUUGUGUUUUUCUGUAAGUUUAGGACUUUUCAACUACAAUAGGAAAAAAAAUUAUAUUUAAGCAAAGUGUUUAGACAUGCUUUUAUGUUGUGAAAUUCUGAAUAAAGACUCA